AUGUCUGACACGAAGGUCGAGCUUGGAAACAAUGGCCAGCAGGCCCAGUCAGAGCCACCCCCACCUCCACCACCCGCGGUCCCAGGGAACCCGACGCCAGGAGGCAUGUUUGCAUUUGCUGGUACCCUCUUCCUGAUGGCCCUCUACAACCUCAACGCCGGCGGAGUGACCGUUCCCAACGUCCUCGUUGGAAUGCUCAUUUUCGCAGGAGGCCUCACGUUGAUGCUCGUCGCCCUCCUCGAGUACAUUCGAGGUUACAGCCUCUUCGCUACCUGCUUUUUGACAUUCAGCACUUUCUGGUUAAGCUAUGGCGCUGUUCUCACCCCGUCCUUUGGCAUUCUUGAAGCCUUCUCCGCCGACCCUUCCCAGAUCGGACGUGCUAUUGGCCUUUACCUCUUCGUCUACUGGAUCACGAUCACCAUGCUCCUCAUUGGUGUCAUCGGCAAGAGCAAGCUCUUCACCAUCCUGCUCUCCUUCGCUUCCUCAGGAGUCUUGCUCUUGGCCUGCGCACAAUACACCGGGAAAAACGCGUUGAACAUCGUCGGAACUUCGUUCUUGUUAAUCGUCGUGGCGAUGGCCUACUACAUUGGAUUGGCUGGUCUGCUGAUGUCGGAGCCCAAUCCCGUGGUCAACCUCCCUAUCUUUUGA